CAACGAGUGUAAGUUAUCCGGUGGCGAUGGAGGCCUAUCACGUCCACACAACUACAUCAACUGCUUCUAUUUUCCCUUAUCAACAACAAAACAGCCAGCCACCACCUGUUUCUCGAUUCUGUCUUGUGCCAGUCACAAGAAGAAAAUGUCGACGACAACCGCCAUAGGUGCAGGUGGAGCCUUCGCAACAAGAAACGCCCACUCCAUCAAAACUACUACUUCAUAUCCAUUAGCAUCACCUCCUCAGAAAACAACAUUUCAAGGGUUGUCCAUUCAAGAUGCCAAAAGGGGCGUCUCCACUUCCUUCUUGGGAACCAGCGACAAGACCAUCGUGUCUGUAAAAGGAGGAAGAGGUUUAGAUAUCAAAGCCAGAAAAACCGCAGGUGCUUCAAAGGAGAUCGAAGUUGAAGUCGACAAGCCUUUAGGCCUCACUUUGGGUCCUAAACCUGGUGCUGGUGGUGGCGUUGUUAUCACCGGUGUGGAAGGAGGCGGGAAUGCUGCAAAAGCAGGGUUGAAGGUUGGGGAUCAAGUCAUAUACACAAGCAGCUUCUUCGGCGAUGAACUUUGGCCUGCUGAUAAGCUUGGCUUCACCAAAACCGCCAUUCAGGCGGUGCCGGAUUCUGUUUACUUUGUCGUUAGCAGGGGGGCUGAUGUAGAUGUCAAACGACUACCAAAACGACCUGCUCCUCCUCGAUUCGGACGCAAGCUAACAGAUGCCCAAAAGGCACGAGCGACGCAUAUUUGUCUGGACUGUGGAUUCAUAUACACGUUAUCGAAGCCUUUCGAGGAGCAGCCGGAUGGGUACUUGUGCCCACAAUGUAGAGCACCCAAGAAGAGGUUCACAGGGUACGAUCCAGUCACCGGAAAACCAAUUGGUGGGACGCUGCCUCCGAUCGGUGUGAUCAUUGGACUUGUUGCUGGUCUUGCUGGAGUUGGGGCAUUACUUGUUUAUGGCCUUCAGGCUCAACCCAACCAGAACCAUCAAGUGACGUUGCUACCUGUGGUCCAAGAGUGGUCUGGUAGGGCGUUAACACUCGACGUUGGAGCCGUUGUUGUUGGGUGUUUUGGUCGGAGGAAGCAGUCAACCGGUGCUGCUUUGGGUUUGUUCAUCGGCGAAGAAGCGAGGAAGCAGAUAGCGGCGAACGCGGCCGGAGGCUCUUCAGCGGAGUUAGUAGUGACUGGCGAUGCUUAG